UUUGAUACUCAACACCGUGGGUGGAUCAGAUCGAGCACGGAUAUACAGCAAAUUUAGGUCUCCAAUACUUUGAUUGAUUGGUCAGCAAAAGCUGAACAGCCAUGUCAUCUGACAACCAGGACACAGAGACACAUACGGAGCAGCUAGACGAGAAUCAGGAAUCUCAGGACACAAACUCAAACCCUGUGCAGACCGAGGAGGCCAAAUUGAAAGCCAAGUAUCCCAACUUGGGUCAAAAGCCAGGCGGCUCUGACUUCCUGAUGAAGAGGCUGCAGAAAGGGCAAAAGUAUUUUGACUCAGGAGAUUACAACAUGGCCAAGGCAAAGAUGAAGAACAAACAGUUGCCUGCUGCUGCUGGUCCAGACAAGAACAUCGUCACUGGAGAUCACAUUCCAACCCCACAAGAUCUUCCACAAAGAAAGUCCUCACUGGUUACAAGUAAACUGGCUGGCUAACGUCACCCAUAGGUUCUAAAUAAACCCUCCGACCAAACUUCCAAAAUGUUUCCCAAAACCUCCCCAGCUCUGCCUGAACAGCUUCAUCAGGACUGGUUAUCCAUUUUUAGUUUGAUUUGUCAGGGUGUAGAGUUUUGCUCUCCUUUCCCUUCCACUUCAAUAGGUCUCUCCAACCAACCUAUAAUUGCCUUUUCAGUGUCCCAAAUAGGGAAGCAAAAACUAAACUCUCAGUAUUCCAGGCCCCAGUGGAGCAUGAUGCACUUUACUCUGUGUACCCUGUACAUCAGUAAAAUUAAGAACAAACCCCUGAAGACUUUAUUCAAUUCUGUUAGAUGCUUUUAAAUAUUUAAUUAAUGUGUCAAAUUAUUCACAACUAAUGACAAUUUGAGAUUGUUUUUAGAGGCAUUGUUUUAUAGAGAUAAUACUUGAUAGCCAUUGGUCCCAGAUGUACAUCAGCAGCCCUCUACUUACAGUGACACGACAAAAGUAUGAAUGUUUUCUAAGAAUUACUUAAUGGUCAGAUUGAUAUUGGUAAAAACGUGUGAGGGUAGUUGUAUAGCCUUCAUCCACUCUUCUACCUUUCACUCCUUUCAGGAUGGCUCAGUUGAACCAAAUAACAGCUGCUUACAGGCGUGAUUAUUUUACUAUUCACAGCCUUCACCCACCAUGGUAGGAUCUGAGAAAGCGGUUCCAACCAGCCUGAUUAGAAUAUUGUAAUCACAGCUUUUGGGUGUAAACCGAGAACGUUGUAAUUAAUUGAUAAUAGAAAAGAGCUGAAAUGGUCUUUGUAUGUGGUAUGAUAAUCAAAGGGCCUUAGGAAAAUAAUCUCAUCAUGGGAUAUGGUUUCUCUUUUGAAGCCCAAGCAUGCCUGCUUAUAACUGCAUAAAAAGUUUGCAGUCUCUUUAUGUAUGUUCAUGAAAAUUAGUUACUUUAUAUGUUGAAUCAUAGGCCAUUCAAUGUUCCUUUUAAACUAACUACUGUUUAUUUAUUAAUGGGAUUAUUUUGUGAAAUCCUAUGCUUUUCUUAUGUAGUGUGAUGUCCCAUUUAAUCAUCUGAGAUAAUAGGAUCAGAGCAUCUGGCUUGUUUUAUCAAAAGGACUGAUCUUAGUGAGUAUCCUGAGGUCUGAGGUGCAGAAUAAUUACAAAAUAAUCUGGAUAGUGUUUAUCUACUUGAACUUGUCACUGGAAUUGCAUGUUCAAACUUGUUUAAACAUCCUCUGAGUAUUGGAAAAUAUUACCUAUCUAUUGCUUUUGCACCAUGAAACAUUUCAUUGGUGACAUGAGAUGAGAGUUAUGAACAAACAUGAGACGUACCAAUGGCUUUGGGGAAUUUUAUAUCAUUUGACCCAUUUUUGUGUGGGUUGUUUCAGUAUUUGCAUAGUCUAAUUAAAAACCAAAUUUUACCUACACAUGGCCUGAAGGUUAAUUUAAAAACAUGUAUAUUACUGCAUGUUAUUUUAGGGUACAAAAAUAAAAAAUACUUAUCUAACUAUAAGGGAAUUUACUAGGGAUUUAAUUAUUAUUAUUAUUAUUAUUAUUAUUAUUUUCAAAUAAGGUUGUGCUGGCAGAAGUUGGCAAUACAUCAGGGAAAUAUGAUGGUUUUACAGUUAGACUUGAUGGUAUGUGUGGAUGUACAAUGUUCCUUUGAGGAAUGCAUUAUUGCACAAUGCUAGGAGAUAAUCUUAUUUGUGCUGCAGCCAAAUUGUAAAUAAUUAAACUGCAUCUGGUGUCAUAAUUGUGCAUUUGUCUUGCAGUAUCAGACUCCAUUGUCUUUAGAAAAUAUGCUUUCUACUAUUCACAAAGUUUGUGUUGAAUAUCUGUUUCAAUCCCCCCACACACACACACUUUUAAAUUGUUUGAUUAAAAUCAGACAGUUAUAAACUAAAAACCAUCAUGAUGUUAAACCUUCCACUAUACUGCAAUGUAAUAUCCUUUGUAUCUACUUGUAAACUCAACUUAAAGCUCUAUAAACAGACACACAAAUAUUUAUUCAUGACUUAAAUACUUUAUGAAGCAUUUGUUAUAUAAUUUUUGUGUUCACUUUAUAAAUGCAUUAUUGUUUCAGAUUUUUUACUUGAAUUAUUUGUUUGAAAAGGUUACAGUGUCAUCUGGGCAGUUCAAAAUUAUAUUUACAUGGAAAGAUGGGGACUCAAAGCAAAUAGAUGUUUAAAAUAAAUGUUGGAGCAAUGUCAGAACCUCAAAUAAAAUUUUACAUUAAUAGCAGAAGUAGCAUUGUGGAAUUUG